GUAUGGCCGAGCAGUCGGUGAUAGCAGACGAAGGGGUUGUUCAGAGAAUGUUGACUUCUGUUGGUGCUCACAGUCUGGUGAGCAGUAUGUGGGGCUACAUGGACACCACAAUGAGGUGGUGCUGGCUCCCCGGCUGGCUGCCGUCAUGGUGUCCCACCUCUGAGAGCAAGCUGAAGACAGCAGAGGACAGGAUGCUACAAUGUGUAAAUAGCACCUUUACCAAACAGUACAUCCCCAUCUCCGAUGACAACCUGCUGUGGACUCUGAGCUUUGGCAGCGACAGUGUGAAAGACAAAACCCCCAUAGUUCUCCUCCACGGUUUCGGAAGUGGCGUGGGCCUCUGGGCUCAGAACCUGGACGCUCUGUCCCAGCAUCGGCCCGUCUUCGCUUUCGACCUGCUGGGCUUCGGCCAGAGCAGCCGGCCUGUGUUCUCCACAGACGCCGAGAAGGCGGAGGACCAGUUUGUGGAGUCCAUAGAGCAGUGGAGGGUUGAAAUGGGUCUGGACUCUAUGAUACUGAUGGGACACAACCUGGGAGGAUACCUGUCUGUGUCGUACUCUAUUAAAUAUCCAAACAGGGUAAAUCACAUAUUCCUGGUGGAGCCCUGGGGUUUCCCCGAGCGUCCAGACACAGCAGAGUCCGACCGUCCCAUCCCGGUGUGGAUCAAAGCUCUGGGGGCCAUGUUCAGUCCUUUCAACCCCCUGGCUGGCCUGAGAUUGGUCGGACCGCUGGGUCCCACUCUGGUCCAGACUCUGAGACCCGACUUCAAGAGGAAGUUCUCCACCAUGUUCAGUGACAACACCGUCUCAGACUACAUCUACCACCUGAACGUGCAAACCCCGAGUGGGGAAACAGCUUUUAAGAGCAUGACCAUUCCCUACGGCUGGGCUAAGAGACCCAUGCUGGAUAGGAUGGACCAGGUCCACCCCACCAUCCCCAUCACCAUCGUGUACGGCUCGCGCUCCAGCAUCGACAGCAACUCGGGCAGCAUCAUCAAAGAGAACAGGCCGCGCUCUCAUGUGGAGAUCAUUUCCAUCCGCGGAGCAGGACACUACGUGUACGCCGACCAGCCGGAGGAAUUCAACCGCAAAGUUUUGCAAGCGUGUGAUAAAGUGGACUGAAGAAGAGAAGAUAAGAUAAGCUUUCUGUACUCUGGAGAAAAAAGGGGAGCGCUUAAUAACGACAUGCAUCACUUGAGGAAACGGUGCCACAAAGUCCCAAUCUCUCAAAGCAGGAAUAAAGACUGUUUAGAGUUUGACGCAUAUGUUAUGUGAUAUUCUUAGAAACCUGGUGAAUUCAGGCCCUGAGCUGACAUCACAGUUUAAGCCCCCAUUAAAAUGCUUUUUUAGCAGCCUUCCCACAAUAAUGAAACUAUGCCCGUGGGCUUACAUCACAUGGUUCUUUCACAUUACAUUUUUUAGUACGUAUACUAACACACACACAGACGAGUGGUGGUGCAGCUCCUUGGUUAAUUAAUCUAAACAUUAGUAAUACUGUAUUUGCUUCUCAAAUGCAGAGAAGAAAAAGGAGGAUGGAGGCAUUUUUUAAAAUUCAAAUAUUCUGCAUUUAAUGAAUGUACAUUAUUGUCUGUAUGUGGCCUUUAAUUGCUCCCGUUUGUUUGGGUGUCAAAUAGGGAAAGUCAAACAGGAGCCAAAAAUGACUUUUAAAUGAGUAUAUUUUUUAUACCUUUUUUAAUCCUUGAAAGGUAAAUUUAUUGAUUGAUUGAUAAACUCAUAUCUUUUUUGCAUAUUUUUGAUAAAGAAAAAUACACUGACUGGAUAUUUUAGAAGAGUAAUUUAUAAGAUAUAAAGAUAUGAUAUUUAGUCAUGUUGAACAGAAGCUGUAUCAGUUGCAGUGUCAUGUAUUUCCUGUGCAGUGCUCAAUCUGCGCUUUGUGGUUUUUCUAUAUGAUUGCUAUACAGACAGGAAGCACCGGUAGCUAUAGAUUCAUCAACUGCCAGUAAUAAUUUAUUGAAUGUGUGUCCUCUGAUGGAGAGCUGCUUGUUUUUUUGUUGUUUUUUCCUAAUCAUGUUGUUAUGUUUUUUGUUUCCAAUUCUUACUGUUAAAUGUUUGUUUAAUGUAAAGCACAUUGAGUUGCCCCUGGGUAUGAAAUAAAUGCGCUAUAUAAAUAAAGCUGCCUUGCCUUGCCUUGUCUAAUCUUUAUAACUCUAAUGUUCAUUUCUGCUGCAUUUUGGUUGUUGAAGAGCAUGGGACCAUGUUUAGACUGAGAAGCAGAAGCACAGAACUCCUACAGUGUUUUAAAGACAGUUGAAUGCAUCAUUUCAUUCACAUGAGAAACCUGUCAAUUACAAACUGCUGCUAUUUAAAUGUGCCUUCAAAUAUAUACAGUUUGCUCAUUUGAUCUCAUUUGAUAAUCUAUCAGCACUUAGAUAUUCUGCUGGGCAGUGAUGAUGCAUAACAGAUUGUAACAACAACCAAAUGUAUGUUCUUGCCUUUGUUUUUUUAUGUAACUUUGUGUUUUCUUUUUCGAUUUUUUUUUCACUUUCUCUAAAAUUAGUAAUGUAUAUAAAAUAUAUAUAUAUAUAUAUAUAAAAAGUUUAUCUCUCUUCUUCAACAUUGAGCAAGCAGCUGCUCCACUAGUGUCUUUCUGAAAAGUAAAACAUGUUCCUGUGAUUAUGUGAUGAUGAUAUUCUAAGAUAAAUAAAUUAAAACCUUUGUGCCUUAAGAAAUGCUUCAUUUGUUAGCAUGCGACUAAAUGACAGCUCCAUUGGAAGUGAAACAUUGAUAACCGGCAACGCUAAUGUCAUCAUUCCAAUGUGUUAGCUGUAAUGUGUGCUGUCUGGUUUCAGCCAUUGAAAUGAAAGAUGCUAUCAAGUUGACUGGAUCAUACAAGUUGAAUGUAGGAUCCUGUAUUUUUUUGGACCUCGACACAUUCUAGUGAUAAAACUUAAUGAUAUCUUGGCUUCUGCUGCGUCAAUUUUGAUCAUUGUUUUUUUUAUUUUUUUU